AUGAGCGACAAAGCAAUGGUCUCUAAACUUAGCAGAGCAGCCAACAUAUCUGAGUUACAAGAUCGUAAAGAGAAACAAGACAUGAUUCAAGAUGACGAGCGUUCAAAGCUUGAUAGCAGCGUUGAUAUGUACACGACACGCUCCCGAGGGGGCAGUCUAGUGGAGGAUGUUGUGCAGAAGCUUGAGAGGUUCAAAGUACGUACUGUAAACGUCUUGGUGGGAGGAGAAGCUGAUGAAAAGAAGAAAUAA